UUUUUUCAAGUGAUAUAACAAACUCGCGCGCAGUUCUCGUCGUGACACCGGCCUGUUCGGACGUUUCCUACCGGAGCAAGGGCCUCAGCGAGUUGUGCGAUAACGCCGUACGGCCUUAGUGUAGAGAAGUGAAAGUUAAACCGCGUGUGUACUCUUUUCUGUGAUUGUGCGUGUUUUAGUAUGCUUGUAAUCUACUGUACUUGAUAUACAACAUCGUAGAAGAACGAAUAUGGAUCCCACACUACAAGAUCAACCAGUUCUUCAAGUCUGCCACCAACCAACCGAACUACGCACAAGCAUCUCAAGAGCAGUUAGACGAGAAGAUUAAUCUGAGCGCAGCUGGAAUUGCCAUUCAGAACAGUUCAUCUCCUGUUUGA